UUCUUGCGUCUAGCCCUAGACCUUUUAAGUCCAAAGGAGAGACCCACUGCUGUACUUGCCAGCUCUCUGCAUGUGCCAGUUUCUGAGUUUACUUAAUUGGGCACUGGUCUGCAGGUCCAGGUAUCCCAUCUUAGAUCUCAGGUUGUAGUGAGAAUCCUCUGGGCCUGGCCAGAUCCUAAUGAGUGUUGGAGUCUGGCCAACCUGGUUCACCCAGGGGAGGCAUGUAAGGUCCCUGAAUCUUGCGAAACAUCCGGUCCAGGUCAGUUCCAGGCUGGGAAGCCGCCUGGAGUGAGGGGGGCGGGGAGGUGUAAAAAGGUCUAGGGACAGCCCCCUGACAGCAGAAAGUGAGCAGGGACGGCCUCUAGUGGCCAGGCCUCUGGAGUGCCUCCUCUUUUAAAUAUGUGAUUCAUAACGGUUGUGGGGCCGAAGGGUCCUGGGAGGGCCAGGCUGCAUCAUUCUCUUUCAUAUUACAAAUGGAGAAACCGAGGCCCACGAAGCGGAGGUGUUUUUCCCGAAGUCAUACAGUGAAGCAGGGUGACAGCUAGAAUCGAACCUAUGUUUCUCCACUCCAUAGACGUGACUAGAGUUCUGUUUUAAGCACGUUCGGAGGAGCGAACCCUUUAAGUCAUCCCCAAGGCGCGCACAGCUAGCGCCUAUCGGGUGUGUUGAGCGACAACUUGGCCCCCAGGGCGCUGCAAGCGGACACUCACGUGUGCUCCACUUCCGGGAUGCUCCACCCUCCCCCGGGGCUGGUGGAUCCGGACGUGCCCUCAGAGCAUCUUGGGAAGUGUAGUUCUGUCGUCCUCCGGAUGCCCGGCGGCGGUCGCCUAGAACUGCGUUUCCCAGAAGACUGUGCUCGCCGUCUCGUUCGCCGGGCUACGGGCUGGUGGGGCGAAUCGCUCACCCUGGGCUAUUUAGUUUCUCAGGGGAUGAGCGACGGUGGACGGAGGUCGUUGACGGUGCCGGCCGGACGUGGCCGGACCUGGCGGAGCCGGCCGGACCGCUCUGCUUCCGGUCCGGGGGACAAAAAAACGAGGCUCCGCGUCUCCUUUAACCGCAGUGGGCGGGGCGCGGCGCGGCGACGGCGUUGCUAUUGGCGGCGGUUGGGGGCGCGCAAACUGAACGGGCCGCGACUACAGCCGCUGCCCGGUCGGCUCCCUCGCGCCGUGGGCCCGGCCCCGCCAUGGCCGCGCCCUGCCCUGAGGACCCCUCGCUGGAGAGGCAUUUUAAGGGUCACCGAGAUGCAGUUACCUGUGUGGACUUCAGCCUCAACAUGAAGCAGCUUGCCAGUGGCUCUAUGGACUCAUGCCUCAUGGUCUGGCAUAUGAAGCCCCAGUCACGUGCCUACCGCUUUGCGGGCCACAAAGACGCUGUCACCUGUGUGAACUUCUCCCCUUCGGGACACCUGCUUGCCUCAGGCUCCCGAGACAAGACUGUCCGCAUCUGGAUACCCAACGUCAAAGGUGAGUCAACCGUGUUCCGUGCACACACGGCCACAGUGAGAAGCGUCCAUUUCUGCAGUGAUGGCCAGUCCCUCGUGACAGCAUCUGAUGACAAGACAGUCAAGGUGUGGGCCACUCAUCGCCAGAAAUUCCUGUUUUCCCUGAGCCAGCACAUCAACUGGGUCCGCUGUGCCAAGUUCUCCCCUGACGGGCGGCUCAUCGUGUCUGCCAGCGAUGACAAGACUGUCAAACUGUGGGACAAAGCCAGCCGGGAGUGUGUCCACUCAUACUGCGAGCAUGGCGGCUUUGUCACUUACGUGGACUUCCACCCCAGCGGCACGUGCAUUGCUGCCGCGGGCAUGGACAACACAGUGAAGGUGUGGGACGUGCGGACACACCGGCUCCUGCAGCAUUAUCAGUUGCACAGUGCAGCGGUGAAUGCCCUCUCCUUCCACCCGUCUGGAAACUACCUCAUCACGGCCUCCAGUGACUCCACCUUGAAGAUCCUGGACCUCAUGGAGGGCCGGCUGCUCUACACGCUCCACGGGCAUCAGGGUCCAGCCACCACUGUUGCCUUUUCAAGAACAGGGGAGUAUUUUGCUUCUGGAGGCUCUGAUGAACAGGUGAUGGUUUGGAAGAGUAACUUUGACGUUGACUGUGGAGAAGUCAGGAGAGCACAGAGGCCCCCAGCUGUGCUGGCCGGCCCCUCUGGGAAUCUGCCAGAAGUGGAGUUCCUGCUCCCAGCAGGCAGAGGCAGGAGUCAGGAGUCGGUGCAGAGCCGGCCCCGGGAGCCCGUCAGCACGCCCCAGACACUGACCAGCACGCUGGGGCACAUCGUGGGCCAGCUGGAUGUCCUCACCCAGACGGUCUCCAUCCUGGAGCAGCGGUUGUCACUGACAGAAGACAAGCUGAAGCAGUGUCUGGAGAACCAGCAGCUAAUCAUGCAGGGAGCGGCACCGUGAUCAAGGGAGCGAGAAUUAAGAGCUCAGUUGAUUUGGGGGUGGCAGGCCAGGGGUUUGUACUGUGGAACUUGGGUAAAUAAAGGGGAUUCAGCUCGGUGGGAGUCCCAUCCCUCCCUGAGCCCCAGUGCUGCGCCGAUCUGCCCUUUGCCCUUGUUCCCCCAGAGCCCCACCCAGCAGAGAGGCCCCCGGGGUGGCCGCACAUGCGGAGUGCACCCUGUUUAACGUGGAACCACCUGGAGAGGUUUGCUGCCUGGGAGUCCUAAGGGGCCCUGGAAUCACAGGGCCUGCCAGGGGGUAGCCUCAAGCCACCUCGCUUUCCAAAACUCACCUUACCGGGACCUUUCUGCCCUGUGACACCUGCUACAGCUCAGAAGUGCUCUGCUCGUCUGACAAGAGGCCCAGCAUGGGCCCACCCGAGCCGGCUUUCUCCAGAAAUGAGCACCCGGGGGUGGCUCUGGCUGCUCCACAUGUCCCCUGCGGCCUGGCGGCCUCCUGCAUGGGCGAGGACAAAAGAAUCUGAAAUUAAAACAGACUUUAUUGAACUCGCA